AUGCCCACGAGGAAGGUCAGCUACGCCGAGGGGGCGGCGAAGGAGGAGCCCGAGAGGAGAUCGGCGAAGUUGUCAGCUAAACCGGCUCCUGCAAAAGUGGAAACGAAGCCAAAAAAGGCGGCAGGAAAGGAUAAAUCUUCCGACAAAAAAGUGCAAACAAAAGGGGAAAGGGGAGCAAAGGGAAAACAGGCUGAAGUGGCUAACCAAGAGACUAAAGAAGACUUACCUGCAGAAAAUGGAGAAACUAAAAAUGAGGAGAGCCCAGCUUCUGAUGAAGCAGGCGAGAAAGAAGCCAAGUCUGAUUAAUAUCACACACCUGGUCCUAUCAGUGGUCCCUGUUUCCCUUCUUGUACAAUCAGAGGAAUAUUUU